GACGGGACAAACGUGAUCUGUGAAGAACUUGAGACCUACCGCUGUAUUUUUGUGUAAAUUUUCUCCAUUAAUUACGUGUCCUGGGUGGUGCCAUUGACCCCAGUCUUUGUGUAGGUCACGGGGGUCAGCCAGGCGCCGCGGGAGGUCACGAGAGGAGGUGAGAGGCGGAAAAUAAGAAGAAAAAGAGACCACAGCUAAACAAGAAUGCCGCUGUUCACCCGUCAGAAGAACAACAACAGCAGCAGCAUGGAGGGAGUGGGAGGAGGGGGGAGGCCAGCAAGGAGAACUCCCUCUUGGCAGCCAACAGCCCCCACCAGCCCCCCACCUCCCCCUGGGGCCACACCCUCACCCCACACCCCACCACCCCACACUCCAGUGCCCCCACACCCCCCUGCUGUCUCCUCUGCCUCCCCAGCCAAGAUGAUGCCCUGGACUAAUCUCAGCUUUGUGGCAGAGGUUGUGAGUCCGGGCUUCACCAGCAGGGUAGUGAGGGAGGCGAGGGGGGACACCAGUACCCCCACCACUCCCCCUCCCACCCCCACCACCCCCCACGCUCCCCCAGGCUCUACCCGACUGCCCAAGAGAGAUACGUAAGAACAGGUUUGCUGCCCAACGUGAGGCUGGGGGGACGUGCCAAGCCAGUGCUCACCCCCCACCGCACCCCUGCCUCCCCCCUCCUGCCACUGGGGAGGGCCGCUGCUGCCCCCUUCCACCCCCCUCUGACUUCCUGUCCUCUACAACACCCAGAAUGCCAGACAUAAGAUCAGUAGUCUCGGUCUUCGAGUCAACCACCACCACCACCACCACCACCCCCCACAACACCAGCGGAGGGGGGAGUGUGCUCGGGACCCCACCAGUGUGCAGGCGGUGGUGGCAGCCCUGCACCACGCACAGGCGCACGGCAGGGGUACCAAGAGAGCCCCGGCGUGCUAUCUGGAAGCAGAAGACUUGUGCAAGAGGCAGUGUGUGACCCCCCAUCUCUCCUCCUAUCUCCUCCUCCUCCUCUUCCUCCUCCUCUUCUUCCUCCUCUUCUUCCUCCCCCUAGUACCGGCCCCGUCACCUCCCCUUCUCUUCCCAUCAAUUAUUCAUCUAGGGAUGCAAACAGUGAGGAUGCCAGCGACAACAACAACAACAACAACAACAACAACAACAACAACCUCAUCCUAUCAACAACAGCAACAACAACAACAGCAACAUCAGCAACAACAACAGGAGGAGGAGGAGGAGGAGGAGGAGGAAAAAGAGCAUUAGAUUUGAGUCAUCCCCUGUCCUCCUCCUCCUCCUCUUCUCCCUCCUCCUCCUCCCCUCCUUCCUCCUCCUUGACCCCUGAAAACAAGAGGAGAUGUGUUCUUGAUCCCAUGAUGGCUUCCCUCUCUUCAUCGAGAUACCUUUUAAAGAUACAGAGUAGCGGCCGGGACAGCGCGUUUUCUAUGUACGAGUCGCGGGAGACAGACUCGGACAGCAGCAACCCCCCUAGUGAGGACAGCUGCCCCCCACUCCCACCCUCACAGCAGGCUGACUGCACCACCGCCAGCGUCGACACCACCACCACCACCACCACCACCACCACAACCUCCUCCGCCUCCCCCUCCCCACACCCGCCCCGAGCCACCCCUACCCCAACCCCUCGCCACCCGUCCCCGCCCCGCCCCACCCACAUCAUUUCCCUGGAGGCUCACCUGGCAGAGAAGGAAAAGAACCAGCAGCGACUCAAGAAGAUGCUUAACAUGCUAUUUAGUGGAGGUCAAGAGAGGGAUAGACAGACAGAUGCAUCUACCACCACCAUCACCACUACCCCCACCACCACCACCACCCCCACACUACCCCCCUACCCCACCACCACCACCACCACCACCUCCUUUGAUCCUGCCACCACGACUACUGCUACUACUGGUUCUGAAGUAGCAGGGGGUACUCUAGGGGCCCUCCUGGCUGCCCCCUCUACUGUCCCUCCCCCGCCUGUGAAAGUAGAUGUCUUAACUACUACUACUGCAAACGAUAGUAGUAGUAGUGAGGUUACUGCAAGUUUCACCUUUUCACUUAAAGCUAAAGAUAAUAGUAAUAGUAAUAGUAGUAGUAAGGUAGAUGCAUCAGCUUCUCUCACCCUCACUACUACUACUACUGCCACUACUACUACUACUACUACUAUUCCUUCCUCCUCCUCCUCCUCCUCCUUAGUUGAAUUUCUGAAAGCCACCUCUUCCCCCUCCUCCUCCUCCUCCUCCUCCUCCUUGAAAGAGAAUGUCUCUACCCAAUCACAAGCCUCUGUCUCCAGCCAAUCAGGGGGUGUGUUUACAUCUCCCAGCCAAUCAGGUGGUUUGUUGACAUCUGGGAACAAAUCAGGGGGUUUGUUUACAUUUGGGAACCAAUCAGCUGGUUUGACAUCUGGGAACCAAUCAGCUGGUUUGUUGACAUCUGGGAACCAAUCAGCUGGUUUGUUGACAUCUGGGAACCAAUCAGCUGGUUUGUUUACAUCUCCUAGCCAAUCAGGUGGUUUGUUUACAUCUAGCCAAUCAGGUGGUUUGUUGACAUCUCCCAGCCAAUCUGGUGGUUUGUUGACAUCUCCCAGCCAAUCAGGAGGGUUGUUUACAUCUGGGAGCCAAUCAGGGGGUUUGUUUACAUCUGGGAGCCAAUCAGGGGGUUUGUUGACAUCACGCCAGAUUAAUAGCCCAUUUGGUAAAGAUACAACUACUACUACUACUACUGAUACUACUACUACUGCUACUACUGCUGCCACUGUGUCUGUAUUCCAGUCACCCAUUCCUCUAAGUGCUACUACUACUACUACUACUACUGCUACUACUGCUACUAAUCUCUUUACUUUUGGGGCUCAGAGUACUGCUACUACUACUGCUGGUGGUGGUGGUGGUGGUGGUGGUGGUGGUGCCUUUGUGUUUGGUGCUAAUAGUGGUGGUGGUAGUGGUGGUGGUGGUGGUGGUGGUACUAAGUCCGCCUUUUCCUUCCUUUCUAAAGACAACAGCUCUGAUGGAACACUAAGCCAGCCGGGCCUAAGCCAGCCGGGCCUACCUAAGCCUACCCUCACCCAGCCUAACCAACCUCAGCCUAUAUCACAUUCAACUCUUCUGCAGUCUAGCCUAACCCAGCCUACCCUAACCCAGCCUUCCCUAAGCCAGCCAGGCCUAACCCAGCCAAGCCUAACCCAGCCGAGUCUAACCCAGCCUAGCCUAACCCAGCCAGGCCUAACCCAGCCUAGCCUAACCCAGCCAGGCCUAACCCAGCCUAGCCUAAGCCAGCCUCCCCUAAGCCAGCCAAGCCUAACCCAGCCAAGCCUAACCCAGCCUCCCCUAACCCAGCCUAGCCUAACCCAGCCAGGCCUAACCCAGCCAAGCCUAACCCAGCCAGGCCUAACCCAGCCGAGCCUAAGCCAGCCUCCCCUAACCCAGCCAAGCCUAAGCCAGCCAGGCCUAACCCAGCCAAGCCUAAGCCAGCCGAGUCUAACCCAGCCUCCCCUAAGCCAGCCAGUCACACAGCCAAGCCAGUCCCAGACACCAUUUUCCUUCACCACAGCACAGUUCCCAGCCACAAGCACCACCGCAGCACCAUCAAUUUUCUCGUUCACCACAGCAUCCACCACACCUACCACAACCGCAGCUAUGUCGUUUGGGUCGUCGUCGUUCUUUUCACCACAGCCACAGCAGCAGCAACAGCCACAGCAGACCACCACAGCGACUACAGGGUUCUCGUUCACGGCCACAGCAAGUCCCCAAAAUUUAUUUCAGUUUGGUGGUGCUGGUGGUGGUGCUGCUGCCACGCCCACCACAACUGCCACACAAGCCACCUCACAGGGUCUCUUCACGUUUGGGGCGCCCACCACAGCGGCCACCACCACAACAACAGCAUCACCUUUUCCGUUUGAGUCAAAGGGUGGGUUUGGCGAAACUCCGAACAAACAAGCCCCGUUUAAUUUCACGGCCACAACCACUCAGUCAUCUGGGUUUGUGUUCCCCACCACCACAGCAGCCACCACAACCACCACAGCGUUCCAGUUUGGCGGGAAGGCGUCCACUAACCCGUCCCAAGCCACCCCUGGCCAGUCGAGCUCCUUCAGUUUCUCGUUGAAUGCGAAACCCCCUUCGUUUGGGACCCCAGCCAGCCAGACCUCCCCUUUUUCAUUCAGCGGGUCGAAUACAUUUGGCUCCACGCAGGGCUUCGGGACCCCGGCGACCACCACCGCAGCACCCACGCCUGCCUUUGGGACCCCCGCAGCAGCCUCACCCUUCGCAGUCCCCCAGAACACCCCAGGAUUCACACCAGGGGCUUUUAACUUCGGCGGCGUCAGUGGGGCCACGUCACCAGCAACCCCGCAGACGUUUGGGGGUUCAGGGACUUCAGGGGCCUUUCCAGGAGCUCAGGCGGGGGCUGCGUUCCAGUUCGGGCAAGGGGCAAGUGCUCAGUCUCCCCCUGCUGCUGCGUUUGGGUCCCCAGUCCCUGCUCAGCCCUCACAGCAGGCUGGGGGGUCUUCCAGUUCGGCGGUGCUGUUUCGACUCCUAAUUUUACUCCUGGCAACAACCCCAGUGCUGGCCCCAGACGUCCCCGAGCCAGGACCGCCCACCGCCGCCGUUAGGACCCCACAAAGGACCCCCUAAGGACUCCCUAAGGACCCCCUAAGGACCCCAUAAGGACCCCCUAAGGAUCCCCCAAAAGGACCC